CACCUUCGCUAUCAUUCCGCCCAAUCAAGCUGUCUGUCCGUCUCUGUCUCUGUCUCCUUGCAAUGAUUAUCCUUCAAUUAUUAUUAAAAUAAAGAAAGGGAAGGCGGAGAAGGAAGACAGCACAGGUGCACACCAAGUUUUGUUGGUUUGGUUGUGGUGUGCAGCAAGCAAGCUAGCCAGCCAGUAUUAUUACUCUCUUUCUCGCUAACUCUCUCUCUCUCUCCUCCCACGCAUUCGGAGUUCCCACACACCUUGAGCUGAAUUGAGAGAUACAUAUUGCAGCAGCAAUAAGCAUUGCGAGAGGGAGGGGCUGCAGGGUAGGGUAGAGGUGAAUUGAAGAACAGAGAGAGAGAGAGAGAGGAUCGAUCGGUGUUGCCAAGGGGGCAGAGAGAGAGAGAGAGAGAGAGAGAUCCCUGGGGCUCGGGGGGCACCGCAGCCUAAAGCUAGCCUAAGCCUAUCUAUAAUGGUGAUGGGGAGUAGUACCAGCACCAGUGCGAUCCCCCCAACGGAAACGGCAGCGCGCAUCAAGGACAGGAAGAUGCCGGUCGGAAUUGCGUGGAACGUCUGCGCUGCUGAACUCAAACCCCUCCUCAUCCUUCUCCUCCUCAUCUGCUCCCUCGCAACUCUCCUCCAAUUCCUCCCUCCCCGCUUCUUUCUCUCCCCUUCCGACAUCCGCCGCUGCCUCUCCCCUGCCGCCGCCGCCGCCGCCGCCUCUCAUCCCACAGACCACCAUAGCAACUACCAUCAUAAUUAUAGUUAUCCCAACAACCCGGCCUCGGCCCACCCCCAUUCUAGCAGCAACAGCAACAGCAACAGAAUCAGAGAUCACUUGCUAUCAAAGGAUGGCAUCCUGAAGCGAGCUUUCAGGCCUUACGGCUCUGCCGCCUACAACUUCAUUAUGAUGUCAGCAUACAGGGGCGGUCCCCAUACCUUCGCCGUCGUCGGUCUGUCCUCCAAGCCCCUGCAUCUCUACGGCAAGCCUACCUACCAAUGCGUGUGGGUACCGCCGCACCACAACCACAAUCACAACCGCGGCCCUCUCAGCUCCCUCUCCGUUCCUGGGCAAAGGAUCCUCCCAGAUUGGGGCUAUGGCCGUGUCUACACGGUCGUUGUCAUCAACUGCACUUUCCCUACCCCCGCCGGCGCUGAUGGAAAGGGUGGUCAGCUUCUUGUGCAGGCGGCCACCAACGGAGGCGGUGACCGCACCGUCAACAUAACCGACACUAUUCUGGCCAUGGACGAAACCCCCCAAGAUUUUGCCCGUUUCCUUGCGCAGUUCAAUUCGCGGCCCAUGUAUGACUACCUUUACUGUGGUUCGCCUCUGUACGGGAAUUUGAGUCCCCAGAGAGUCAGGGAGUGGCUGGCAUACCAUGUGAGACUGUUCGGCGCGCGGUCCCACUUUGUAAUGCACGACGCCGGUGGCGUGCGCGACGGAGGGCUAAUGCAAGUGCUGAGGCCGUGGAUGGAUAAGGGGUUCGUGACGUUACAGGACGUAAGGGACCAGGAAAGGUUCGAUGGUUACUACCACAACCAGUUCCUGAUUGUGAAUGAUUGUUUGCACCGAUAUAGAUUUGCGGCCAGGUGGAUGUUCUUUUUCGAUGUGGACGAGUUCAUAUAUAUUCCCAAGAAGAACACCAUCAAGUCCGUCGUGGAUUCCCUCUCCGAUUUCACUCAAUUCACCAUUGAGCAGAUACCCAUGUCCAACAAGCUCUGCCUCUCUCAGGAUGCUCCCACGGCUUUUCGGAAAUGGGGAUUCGAGAAGCUGGUGUACAGAGAUGUGAAGAGGGGCAUCAGGAGGGACCGGAAGUACGCAGUGCAGCCGCGGGGCGUGUUUGCAAGUGGGGUGCACAUAUCGCAGAACUUUGUGGGGAAGUCCACACACAGGACGGGGGCGCGCAUCAGAUACUUCCACUACCACGGCACCAUUGCGGAGCGGCGGGAGCCAUGCCGGCAGUUCCUGGACAACGCCACGGAGAUCACGGUGGACGGAGUUCCUUAUGUCAUGGACACCACCAUGCGUGAUGCCGCCGGACCUGUCAAGAGCUUUGAACUUAAAAUGAUUGGCUCCGCUCCGCCCCACGGGAGCUAGGAGUAACCUGCAUGUAUUUAUUUGCACACUGACAGUGAUAACGGAUUUGUAGCAGCUAGGAACACAUUUUGUUGGUUGGUU